UAAAUGCGAGGCCGUUUGAUGGACGAGCCCGCAGACUUGACAGAGUGCUGUAGGUCGUUUGCCAUUGGCGUUUAGCGGGUCACAUGGUGUGUCAGGAAGGUGAUAUGAGGGUGGAAGGCACUUUUACAGCUUUGACAUACAACCUAGAAGGGUUAGGGCAAAGGGAGCAGCGAUUAAUGACCGCUCGCUCUUGAUCACUUCUGAGCAAACACCAGGCCAGGCUCCAGGAUGAACUCCUACUUAGAUUAUCCAGUGUGCAACAGGGGAGCGAAUAUCUUCAGUACCAAGGUGGGAUACCACAAUUUAAACCAUGGAUACAUGCCUGCAAACUCGUGUGCAACAAGUGAGAGUUACGCACCAGACGGGCGCUUGGUUGCUCCAACUUCUGCGCCACACCAGAGCCAGAGUCUCCCUCUGCACCACCAGACACACGUCAACCUGGACCUACAGUUUGCGCCGCAGGGUAACGCCAUGUAUGGGUCGCCUCUGGAGUUCGGACAUCACCAGUACGGCCUCGCGCCCGAGCAGGAGCGCAGCUACAUUCACGCUCAGGUUUCACCCAUGGGAACAAACAUGGCUCCUUACACCGGGGACAGCUGCGGGCCCGGAGCUUCAACAGGAGGCCAGUACUUUAAUUUUGGGAACGGAGAUCACAGGCUGCAAGAAUAUCCAGAGUGUGUUUACAAGAGAAUACCUGCACAAAGCAGAGAGAAAGAUCUGGAACAUGUGGAGGACACUUCUAAGACGUUUGAUUGGAUGAAAGUGAAGAGGAAUCCUCCAAAAACAGCAGUCCUCUCAGAGUUCGGGGUUCCCGGCCAGCACAACGUGAUCCGCACCAACUUCACCACCAAGCAGCUGACCGAGCUGGAGAAGGAGUUCCACUUCAACAAGUACCUGACGCGGGCGCGGAGGGUGGAGGUGGCCGCCAGUCUGGAGCUCAACGAGACGCAGGUGAAGAUCUGGUUCCAGAACCGCAGGAUGAAACAGAAGAAACGCGAGAAACUGGGCUGCGUUUUGGGCAGCACGCCGACGCAAGGGGAGAAAAUCUCCGGGCCUGAGACCUCUCCACAGGGCAAGGGGAAAGACUGUGAUCAGUGAAGAGACUUUAAAGCAUAAGAAUCAGACUGUGGGGGCUUCAGGGCAGUUUUCCACUUCUUUACCUCAGUUUAGGGCUGGGCGACAUGGACCAAAAAAACAGCAUAGCUCAAUAUUUCUCAGCUACGGUGUGAUGCAUGAUAUUGUUCUUGAUAUUUGUCUCUGAAAAAAGGCGAGACGAAGCCAGUGAUGGGUCAAAUGCUUCAUGUCACACAGGCACUUGUAUUAACAGCCAGCUGCACAUUUCCAACUUUUACAUGAGAAAUCAACCACGUGUUUGUGACAGAGAAUCAUAACUGUAACCAAAAAAAUCCUCUUUUUUUUUUUAAAUAACUAGGGAUGUAAUGAUCCAUCGAUGUGUAUCAAUACAGCAAUUUGUCGAUCAAAGAUGAGGUCAAACCAACAAAAAGUGAAAACAUCAAUAUUUGAGGCAUCUUAAAGAUGUGCUUUUAUUUUGAAAUUCUUGUCGCAUGCAGUUUUGACCUAGCUGUGCCUUAUCCUGAACCCUUAAACAAUUCUAGCAGCAAGCAAAAGCCUCAACUGUCAACCAUGUUUGCAUUUUCUUAUUUCUCCUCUCAAUAAAAUGUAACUGAUUGGAGUGAUUGGAUACAGGAUAUAUAGUCUGAUAUAAAUCAUCAAAUCAAAUCAAAUUGUAUCUUAUUGCAGUUUGGCAGACUUUGUGAUGGCAAAUAUCCUAUUGUCUCCACAGAAUCAAUAUCAUAUUGCAUUGUAAUGAAACUGGUGAUUUAUGUCCUUCCUGUAAACAUCCUCUCACUUGGCAGAAGGCCUCAAGAUUUUCCCAAAUCAACAUCACCAUAACCUAUAUCGAUAUAAAUGAUACUCUCUUACCUGAUCUCUUGUUUGAAAAUAUGAUAAUAUAUCUUAAAAACAUCU